AUGGGCUUUAAAGAGGUUGCAGCCUUCUCCAAUUCCCAUCCCCCUCAAAAUGUACAAGACUCCGUCGAAAGAUGGCUCUCCCCGGUAUCGAGGGAAGAGCCAGGGCGAUUCGACAAUUUUCGACAUUCCCACGAACGGUGGGCCUUCAAUAGCUACAGCCUCAAACCGGACCUCGACCAAACUAGCAUCGCUUCUAUUGAGGAUGAUGUCAGUGUGAGCGAUUCGGCCCACGAGUCGUACUCUUCCGAGUCAUCGUCUCAGACCUCGUGGACAUCAACAACAGAUCCUGGCGACAUCUUCCAGGACGAGGACGGCAAGGAGCCUCUCCCACCUCUAAAGAAGGUGCUCUCAAACAGUGCACUUGAACCUCCGGAGCAGCUGCUCAGAGGACUACAAGCCAAUAAUCAUGCUGCCCCUGGUAGUAGCUGUUCCCUUGGGUAUGCCUACCGCAGCCUCAAGGCUCGAGUCUCAAGCCAUCUCCAACAACCUGGCCAAACAUGCCUACGAUCCCGAGGUAAUGAAGCCAGCACUGAUCCGGACGCGCAACACUGGAGUGCUCGGAGAAAUGCCUGCUCUUUCAGGAGACAAUGCCCCCCGAAGUUGAAGAGGGACACCGACGUCACGGAGCAAUUCGUGUCUCUUCUGAUCAUCUUCGCAAAGAGACUAAUCACCGCCAUAUGGCCCCUGUCUGACCGACCUCCUAUGAUGUCGGAUUGCUUCAAUGGGGCUGGUGUUCUACGUCUCGACACCUUUAUCAAAGAAACUCUUAGACGGUCCAAGACAAGUUACUCGACUUUGCAAGUCGCGUUGUACUACCUGAUACUCCUAAAGUCCAGGAUGCCCCAAGGGCCGUCCAAGACUGGUUGUAGAGGCGAGCCGUUUGAGAGAUCUCAAUGUCGUGCGAUGCAGUGUGGGCGCCGCAUGUUUUUGUCGGCACUCAUGUUGGCUUCCAAGUAUUUGCAAGAUCGCAAUUACUCGGCACGCGCCUGGAGCAAGAUAUCUGGCCUACGCAGCAGUGAGAUCAACGAGAACGAAAGAGAAUAUCUCGCACAGAUCAACUACGAUCUGCAUGUCCCGAAAGAGGCCUUUGACAAUUGGAGCAAGGUUGUUUUGAUUUUGAGCAAAUUGUCAAGCGAAGGACCCGCGUGCCGGACAGGCACUUUCAACACAAACUUCGGCCCCCCUGGUGGUCAUGCGAACGCCUCCUUGGCCGCUAUGAUCUCGCAAGUGGGCUUGGAUGAGAACAACGACGACCUUGCCUUCUCGGAGGCGUGGUGGUCAGCCCUGCUCCAAAAAAUCGAGCCAAGCAUCGUCAAAGACACGUCACAUGUGGAUGAGUUCUUGAGGACUAAUCUACCGAGUGACAAGAUGGAUGUCGUUGCAUCGCUCGCGCAUCUGAGCAAGAAAGUCAACAGACGACCUGAUAGUGCAAGUUCAGGGGCGGAUGCUGUCACUCAUGGCUUUGAUCUGAAUUUCAGCGAAGCCUUGAAAACUCGCGCCCCCGAAUCAGCCAAGGUCCAGCCUAGCCCGUCUUCUCAGACUCCCAUCCAGAUGAGUCCAGUCAAAAGUGUCGCAUUGCCCAGUCGUCCACACCUUGAAAACCUUCCAACUCCGCAGACUACUCCUCGCAUUCCAGACCAGUUUGCAUGGGAGCGAAAUUGUAACCGGCCUUCGCUUCGCUGCUCCGCAUCGGUCGAUGCGCUGCGAAGCAUGCGGAAGCAGUGCCUCAUGAAUGCGAACCUGGAACGCUGCCCGCCUCCUCGACCUCAGAGCUUUGUCUUACCAUCUGUGAAGUGCCUCUUGCGUCCCGCCGAGACAAUCCAGGAACUUCCCAGUAGGUCAGCGACCCCAGUCAUGGCGUCGCCAGCGUCGAUCUCUUCAGAGUCUACGACUGUGACGUCCCGAUCUAGAUCAUCAUCGAUUUCGUCCAACUCUUCGUGGUCGUCCUGGGCACCUAGCGUCCCACCGCUGCGGAGAAAGGUGUGGACUGGCGUGAGCUCUCCACUAUCUCAAGUCCGUUCGUCGUCAGAAAGACAAUGCAAACCCGCCUCGAUAGAUUGUCUUUUGACGGAGACCACCUCCUAUCAGCAAAUCUGUACGGAGGAACCUCAGCCUCAACAACCAAACAUUCCUACCAGUUCCGAAGUGGCUGCCAUUCAUGGAUUAAUGUCGUUGUCAGCACUAACAGAAUCACCAAGCCAGAGUGUCACCCCGACGCCGCGGCGGCUCGCUGGGAAAGCUGACAGUGCGGUGCUUCAGAGCCAUGGACACCCCCGAGGGCACAAAAGGACUCUCUCCAAGAUCGAUUCAGACCUCCAUGCCCAAGUCAGGAGUAUACUGUCGCAGAGUCAGACACAUAUGGAUGUGGUCGAAGACCCUCUACCACUGUACUCCUGUGUCACACCCACAUCAUUGCAACAUCCGUCCAAUCUUCUGACGGAGUCGCGGCGGGCCGUCUCCAAUGCUACAGGUACGAAACGUCAUUGCUCUAUGCAACACUCUUCUUCCACCCCCGACCUGUCAUUUCGUUUCCUUACCGAAGGCAUCACGGCAUCUUGA